AUGCGUAUUCGCCUACAGCCUCACAGGAGACCACAAGGUAAGCAAUCCCCAGGUAAGCUGAAUGUUGCCUUGUUGUCUUUGCCCGCUCACCAUCUUCAUUUCAGCAAUGAGCUAGCUCAACGGCUAGACAACAUUUCUAUCGCUGCCGACGCCACCGCCAUUGCCGAGAACGCCUCCGUGGAGAACCGCUGGUGUCAACUGCGAGAUACGGUCCAGUCGACGGCGCUCGCCGUCCUCGGUCGCGCUCCCCGCCAACACCAGGACUGGUUCGACGACAACAACGCCGCCAUCAGCAAUCUGCUAGCUGAGAAGAACCGCCUACACAAAGCCUACGUAGAUCAUCCAACUGAUGUCACCAAAGCUGCCUUCUACCGCAGUCGACGCCAACUUCAGCAACGACUGCUCGAGAUGCAGGACGCCUGGACUGCUCGCAAAGCUGAGGAGAUCCAAGGGUACGCGGACCGCAACGAAUGGAAGAACAUCCUCUCUGCGAUCAAAGCUGUCUACGGUCCGCCGACGAAGGGCAUCGCUCCUCUCCUCAGCGCCGACGGCAACACUCUGCUGACUGAGAAGACGCAAAUCCUGCAGCGAUGGGCUGAGCAUUUUCGAGGCGUCGUCAACCGCCCCUGCGUCAUCUCCGACGCCGCCAUCGAGCGUUUGCCGCAAGUGGAGACCAACGUGGACCUAGACCUCCCGCCAUCUCUCCAGGAGACCAUCAGGGCCGUGCAGCAAUUCUCCAGCGGGAAAGCACCCGGAUCGGACGCAAUCCCUGCUGAGGUCUACAAGCACGGAGGUCCCCUACUGAUGGAUCACCUGACUGCGCUCUUCCAGGAGAUGUGGCGUCAAGGCGAAGUCCCGCAAGAUUUCAAGGACGCAACUAUCGUGCACCUAUACAAGCGCAAAGGGAAUCGCCAAGUCUGCGACAACCACCGCGGCAUCUCCCUACUGAACAUCGCCGGAAAGAUCUUCGCUCGCAUCCUGCUCAACCGCCUCAACAUCUAUCUGGAACAGGGCCUUCUGCCGGAAAGCCAAUGCGGCUUCCGUCGUCAUCGUGGGACCGCGGAUAUGAUCUUCGCCGCCCGCCAACUUCAGGAGAAGUGCCAGGAGAUGCGGACCCACCUGUACUCUACCUUCGUGGACCUGACGAAGGCCUUCGACACGGUGAAUCGUGAAGGACUGUGGAAUAUCAUGCAGAAAUUCGGCUGUCCGGAGCGAUUCACUCAGAUGGUGCGUCAGCUGCACGACGGUAUGAUGGCGCGAGUAACGGACAACGGAGCUGUCUCAGAAGCAUUCGCAGUGACCAAUGGAGUGAAGCCGGGCUGCGUACUGGCGCCUAUCCUCUUCAGUCUUAUGUUCCCUACAAUGCUGAUGGACGCCUACCGCGACGAACGCCCCGGGAUCCUCAUCGCCUACAGGGCGGAAGUUCACCUGCUGAAUCAACGACGGAUGCACUUCCAGUCUCGCGUAUCCACAACCACCGUUCACGAACUCCUCUUCGUCGACGACUGCGCCCUGAACACCACCUCGGAAGAGGAGAUGCAACGGAGCAUGGACCUGUUCUCCGCCGCCUGCGAGAACUUCGGUCUGGUCAUCAACACGCAGAAGACGGUGGCGAUUCACCAACCGCCACCCAACUCAGCCACAGCCCCCAACGCGCCACCGCAAAUCAGCGUGAAUGGGACCCAACUGCAAGUGGUGGAGAACUUCCCGUAUCUGGGCAGUACCCUCUCCCACAACACCAGGAUUGAUGACGAAGUCGCCAACAGGAUCUCGAAAGUCAGUCAAGCCUUCGGUCGUCUCCGAAACACAGUUUGGAAUCGCCACGGUCUCCAACUGAGCACGAAGCUGAAGAUGUAA